CUGUCUGAACUGAACUGAACCGAACUGAACCGAACUGAACUGAACUCCUUCGGCAUCCCACCAGCGGCACCCGCCUCUGUCCUGCCCCUCCUCCUCUCGGCCUUUCCUCUGGCUGCAUUGCCCAUCGAUGUCUGUCGGAGAACUGAAAACCACCUUUGACUCGUUUGAAGACCCCGGGAGCUCCUCAAAUAUGGUCUCAACUUCUCCCGCUUCUACCGACCCAUCGUCUCUCCCGCAGCAACACUCUCGCUUCUCUAAGCCCUCUUCUAUCUACAGCCAUAAUGCCACCUCUUCUGCUGACACAUCAAUCCCUUUUCCUCCCUCGGCUCCCUCCAUCAACGAAACCAUUUCCAAAAUCUACCAAAAGGCCUCUGGCACUCGCACUCACUCUCGAAGCUCGUCCUUCGGAGCCUCCCGCCAUGGCGCCUCCUCUGUCCACGCCAACUCCAGCACCCCCGAAUUUGCACCCUCAUUAACGUUCAUGAAAAGCAACGCGUCGGUGGGGGGACUUACCCAAGGUAUCCACGACCACGACCGGCCCGAGACCACGUCGCCUUCCCCGGCCAAUGCCAUGCUCCAUCGCCUCGAGCGCAAACGUGCUGCUUUCCAGCACGCACACAUCCACAACAGGGAAGUUGCCCUCACCGGCCCCAGAGCCAACAUUCUUCGAGCCGCCAGCCCCAUGGAGGUCCACGGCUUCAAGCCCAUCUCAACCGAGUGGAAGCCCCCGACUCAGUACAUGACCUCGGCGAACCCUUCGGUAACGUCCCCAGAACGAGCGAAGAAGGAGAGGAGCUAAGGGACUGAGGCACCGGAGGAACGGGCGACCGGGCACUCGGGCU